GUUGGAAUCAGAGUUGGUUCAGUGUUAAGGCUGCUGAAAGUUGUCAAAGAAACAAACUACUGCUCAACUGCAGUCACUCUGGGACACUGUGGGAUGUGGAAAAAAACAGGCUGAAAGAGACAUAUUCAGAUUCUCUUCUGUUGCUUGCUUGGUGCUGAAGGAGCUGAAUGUGAACUGCAAACUGCCCAAAGAAUAAAUUUACAGGACUUCUUUUUUAAAAAAUAUAUUAUGGGCAGCCUUCAGUUGGAUGAUUUUAUAGCUGGAUGGGUAGGAGGAGCUGCGGCUGUAAUUGUGGGACAUCCUCUGGACACAGUAAAGACUCGCUUACAAGCCGGACAAGGCUAUGGAAACACAUUUAAAUGUGUCCUCACUGUCUACAGAAAUGAAGCUUUUGCCGGGUUCUUCAAGGGAAUGUCUUUUCCGCUAGUUAGCAUUGCUAUCUACAACUCGGUGGUAUUUGGUGUCUUUAGCAAUAUCCAAAGGCUCAUUAGCCAACAACACUAUGGAAAUCCUCACCAUCCUCCAGCACUCGUGGACUUGGCUUUAGCAAGCAUGGUAGCAGGGGCCUUUUCGGUAGGAAUUGGUGGUCCAGUUGAACUGGUAAAGAUAAGGCUACAGAUGCAGACACAAACUUUUCUUGCAGCCAACCUAAACCUGAAGCACAGAGCAACAGACUUUGCAGUACAGACUGCCUACAGAGGUCCAAUUCACUGUGUUGGCACAAUCCUUCAGCAGAAGGGUUUAGCAGGAUUAUACCGAGGUUCUGUUGCAAUGCUUCUGAGGGAUGUUCCAGGAUAUUGCUUCUACUUUAUCCCUUACACAUUUCUUUGUGAAUGGAUCACACCAGAUAAAUGCCUUUCUCCUAGUCCCUUUUCUGUGUGGAUGGCUGGUGGCAUUGCAGGAGCAAUAUCUUGGGGAACAGCUACUCCUAUGGAUGUGGUCAAGAGUCGUCUUCAAGCAGACGGGGUUUAUUUGAACAAAUACAGAGGGGUCAUUGACUGUAUCUCCCAAAGUUACCAAAAUGAAGGUCUAAAAGUCUUUUUCAGGGGCUUUACAGUGAACGCAGUUCGAGGUUUCCCAAUGAGUGCUGCCAUGUUUCUCGGAUAUGAACUUUCACUUAGAGCUCUAAGAGAUCAAGCAGAAACAAAUCCUUGAAUUCCAGGGCUAUUUUUCCAAUGGCUGGUUUCUUUUGAUCCUACCGUGGAGACUUCUGCACCUGACUAUUGCUUUCACUUCCUGAUCCAAAUCAACACCACAGCCUUGAUGAGAAACUUGGUGUUAUCAACAUGAAGUACGAACUGAAGAAAUGUCAUCAUGUCAGAGAACGUUCUGUUCAUGAAGGGUGAAUAUUGAUCUGGUACAUGGAUUUGGCUGAAAAGUUACAUGAAUGAAUCGGCUGAAUUUUAAUCCAAAUCCUUUCUCUUCUAAAAUAUUUCAUUCUAAAGGCAAAGGCAUUAAAAUGCAUAUGGUUGUCUGGCAAUGAUUAAAAAAAAGUAAUAGUGAGGUAAGAGUACAACUCAUUUUGCCUAGAAUAAAUCAUGGAUAUCGCUUUCUAGCACCAUCUGCAUAGGUUAAUUCUGCUCCUUUCUCUAGAAGAAACAAAGAAAACAUUCUCAUGUACUGAAACUGCAUUCCUGUUGGUUGUCUUCAUGUGACUAAAUACUCUAUCCAUUGGAAGACAAGAAGGAAUGUAAUGACCUUUUUAAGAGUUACACUUUUUCCCCAAUUACAACUGUAAUUCAAUGUGAAAAAAUUAUUUUCAUUUCCCCAUGGUGCUUUCUCUGAUAUUUUAUUUUAUGGAGUAUGGUUUAUUACACCAAAUGAGAUACCAAAUAUGAGAAGAUGCAAAUGCCUUUAAUUAAAUCAAGUAGAAUUACAAUCCAUUGGGCACUACUGUGGGUGUUCACGCCUGAUUUUUAGACUCCUAGUUGGCUCCUGUUAGCAAAUGGCUAGCAGAUAAGCAGUGCAUGCAGAACCAGGAUAGGCUGCUACUUCCAUGAUAUCACCUAGU